AUGGAUUCUUUGGAGCUAGUAUCUCAGCACACCAGGAGAGACUCUGUUCACAUAGGCCUAGAUUUGAAAUCUGCAGGUCAAGAUUAUUUCUCCACCAGUCAUGACUUAGGGUCUUCCUACCAAGAAUUAGACCUGGACUCCCUUAACAAAGAUAUUUUUUCCCAGUUCAUGACAGAGACCUCGGAGGGCACUUAUGAAUCCCACCCAACUGCUAAACUAGGGGUUCUUACAGAGGCCAACCAAAACGAGCUCAAAUCUGAGCUCACUAAAUUGAAAGCAUAAAUUGUUAGCCUGCAUCAGGCUCUGGCAGCCAAAGAGAGAUGCUGCGUGGAGCUCCACAGGCAGCUGGGUCUCACAGUCUUGGUAGGUCUGAGGGGGAAUCUGUCCAAGAGCUGGUAGGAUGCUCAGAAGUCCAAUGCAUUCAUGAAACAAAAGAUGUCGCUGUCCACGAUGGGCUCUGCCAUCUGCAGAAAGCUUGUAGAUAAGAAGUCAACCACAUUCAGAUCCUGUGAAGGUCUAAUGGGGACAAUCAAGUCCAGAGUGGCAGGUUGCAAAGAACUUGGCAGUGACUGCCUUUCUAUAUCAGAGAGGAAUAGGAAUGAUUUGCUCCCAGUUUCAGGGACUAUGGAUCAUCCCCUCUCUUGGGAUCAUUUCUCUUCAGAGAGUGGGAAUAAUCCGGUUCUAUAA